GAGAGGGAGUCUAGUGUCACUGUGAAGAGCGUGAGGAGCUCAAAGAAGAUACUCGCACUUUUGGAGAUGUGGAAGUCUGUAGUAGGACAUGAUGUCUCUGUUUCUGUGGAGACCCAGGGUGAUGACUGGGACACAGACCCUGACUUUGUGAAUGACAUCUCUGAGAAGGAACAACGGUGGGGAGCCAAGACCAUUGAGGGCUCUGGACAUGCAGAGCACAUCAACAUCCACCAACUGAGAAGCAAAGUGUCAGAGGAGCAUAAUGUGCUCAAGAAGAAGGAGAUGGAAUCAGGGCCCAAAGCAUCUCAUGGCUAUGGAGGGCGAUUUGGGGUGGAAAGAGACCGAAUGGAUAAGAGCGCUGUGGGCCAUGAGUAUGUUGCUGAGGUGGAAAAGCACUCUUCUCAGACUGAUGCUGCUAGAGGUUUUGGGGGCAAAUACGGAGUUGAGAAGGACAGGGCAGACAAGUCAGCAGUUGGCUUUGAUUACAAAGGAGAAGUGGAGAAACACACAUCUCAAAAAGACUACUCCCAUGGCUUUGGUGGUCGUUAUGGGAUAGAGAAGGAUAAACGGGACAAGGCAGCUCUGGGAUUUGACUACAAGGGAGAGACAGAGAAACACGAAUCCCAGAGAGAUUAUUCCAAGGGCUUUGGUGGUCAGUAUGGAAUCCAAAAGGACCGAGUGGAUAAGAGUGCUGUUGGUUUCAAUGAAAUGGAGGCUCCAACCACAGCUUAUAAGAAAACAACACCCAUAGAAGCCGCUUCUAGUGAUGCACGUGGGUUGAAGGCAAAAUUUGAGUCCAUGGCAGAGGAGAAGAGGAAGCAGGAGGAAGUAGAGAAGUCACAGCAAAUGGCCAGGCAACAACAGGAGAGAAAGGCACUGGUAAAGAGGAGUCAAGAGGCUCAGCAAUCAGCAGCCCCUGUGGAAAAGCCAGUGGUGCAAGCCCCAUUGCCCAAGAAGAUCUCCUCAGAGGCCUGGCCUCCAGCAGGGAAUCAUCCAUCAUCAGAGCCUGAGCCUGUGAAAAUCAGCAAGAAACAUCCAUUGUCUACUCUGCCCUCAAGGCAGGAUCAGCCAGAGGACAAUGAGGAGCCCCCAGCUCUUCCCCCCAGGACUCCAGAAGUCUUCCAGCUGAGUGAAGAGCCAGUGUAUGAAGCGGAACCUGUGCCUGAGCCUGAACCUGAACCUGAGAAUGAUUAUGAAGAUGUUGCAGAUGUUGGCACAUGUGAGCGGGAUGAUGAACCAGAGGGAGACUAUGAGGAUGUGCUGGAGCCUAAGUCCUCUUUUCCUUCCACUGGAGCAUCAGGUCGCCCAGCUCAGGCUGGGGCUGGAAUCUCAGCUGUAGCCCUGUAUGAUUAUGAAGGAGAGGGAAGCGAUGAGAUUUCCUUUGAUCCAGAAGACAUCAUCACUGACAUUGAUAUGGUGGAUGAGGGCUGGUGGCGGGGCCGUUGCCGUGGCCAGUAUGGACUCUUCCCUGCAAAUUAUGUCAAGCUUCUUUAGUAGUGGACCCUCCCUGGACUCUGUACCAUGACUUCUUAUGUCAUGGUACAUGACAUAAGUGACUCUGCCUCCAUGCCCUUUCAUUUCUGCUGCAGGCGUCUAGUAAGUCCUAAAUUGUCUGAUCUUCUAAGACACGCUUCCCUCCAUUAGGACUUAGGACAGGGACAGCAUAAGGAAAAGGUGGGUCGUCUUCUCAAAGAAGGUUCCUCUCUGCCCUGGAUGGCUCAUGGAUGUUUAUCUAGUGCUCCUGCCUUUCUCCAUCAAUGCUCUAAUACCGCAAGUUCUACCUUCCUCUGUUUGAGAGCCCAUCUUCCCUAUUUACCUAGGAAGGGAUAUCUAGAUUAUCUGUUUUGUCUGGUUUGUUGUGUGCAAAUUUUCUGUCCAUGAAAAAAAUGUCUCUGAAUCUUCCCUCUGUUCAUUCCUAAACCUGGAAAUAAA